AUGGUCGAAGAGAUUGCAUAUAUUGGCAUUUCUAACGGCCCAAAAAUACUUUUACAAUGCACAUAUGAUAACGGCGACUUUGACUAUGUCAUUCAUAAUGUUCUUAAGAAUUUAAGUAUCCAACAUGAAAAAUCUAAAUUUAUCAAAAGUGAUUUCAUGUAUUUCUUGCUACAUUCAGAGAACAACUUGAAUAUAUUUUUGGUAGCAGAAAAAGAUUUCUCUGAAACCAUCGGAUUCAAGAUUUUAGAAGAUAUCCGUUCUGAUAUCUUGAGAUUAUACGCAAAUAGCUGGAUGGAAAUGGAAGAAUACCAGCUACAACAUGAAUACGAAAAAGAAGUUGCUCAUAUUAUUAAGAAAAACACUUCGAAAACAUCUGAAAUUGUUCAAGAUAUAAAUAUGGAAGAAUUAGAGCACGAAAUACAUAAUGACCCAAUGGAAUAUACUAACUAUUCCUAUAAUGAGCCUCCUUCUUGCAGAAAAAUUCUCGAUGAUAUAAAACACUGGAUUAUCGCAAACUGGUGCGAAAUCAUAGGUGGAAUACUCCUCCUUAUAUUGUUCUUCUUAUUGGUUACAUUAAUCUUUUGGCAUUAA